AUGUCAUCAGCAAAUGACCUUGUCCAUGGAUUUAUUAACGGUCUUGCCCUCAUCUCUCCCGCCUGUAUAAAUACCAGCCCUGCCACCGGAUCGGAGCGCAGAGACCAAUCGCGUGCCCCUGCAUCGGAGGUUCUUCGGAGGUUUAGCACUGCCGUUGCAGUUGAAGAACCGAUCGCGCCGCCAGUUCAAGUCCAGUACACACAGCUUCUGAUCAACGGGCAAUUUGUGGAUGCAGCAUCAGGUAAGACAUUUCCAACAUUAGAUCCUAGGACCGGGGAGGUGAUUGCCCAUGUCGCUGAAGGAGACGCCGAAGACGUCAACCGUGCCGUCGCUGCUGCUCGCGAGGCAUUCGAUGAAGGACCGUGGCCCAAGAUGACUGCUUAUGAAAGGUCGCGCAUACUUCUGCGGUUCGCGGAUUUGAUUGAAAAGCAUAACGAUGAGAUCGCGGCACUUGAGACUUGGGACAAUGGGAAGCCUUAUGAACAAGCUGCCAAUUUAGAAGUUCCAAUGCUGACCCGUCUGAUGCGAUAUUAUGGGGGUUGGGCAGACAAGAUACAUGGACUCGUUGUGCCAGCUGAUGGUCCACAUCAUGUGCAAGUUCUGCAUGAGCCAAUUGGUGUUGCAGGUCAGAUUAUCCCUUGGAAUUUUCCACUCCUAAUGUUUGGUUGGAAGAUUGGCCCGGCAUUAGCAUGCGGGAACACCGUUGUAUUGAAGACUGCAGAGCAAACCCCUCUAUCUGCUCUUUAUGUGUCUAAACUAUUGCAUGAGGUCUACAGUCAAAAAGUUGGCGAGAUGGAGGCAUCUUUUGGUGGAUCUGUUUGGCUGAUCAGUGAUGCAUCUUGUCCCUAUAUCUGCAAAGUAUUCAAAUGA